AUGACUACUACCUUAUCGCUGGUGAUUUUGUGCGCCUUGGUGGCGUUAGUGUUGGCGUCUAAGACGGAGCGGGCGGUGCUGCUGACCUGUGACUCCGGCCAGUACACCAACGGUGGAGAAUGCUGCUUGGAGUGUCCACCUGGAGAGGGAGUGGUGAAGAAAUGUGGUGCUACUCAGACCGUCUGCGCCCAGUGUCUGGACAGUGAGACCUUCUCAGAGAACUACAGUCACACAGAGCAGUGCAGGCCAUGCACACAAUGUACCGGGCUGAUGCGGUUAGAGACGCCCUGCACAGACUCCAACGACGCCGUCUGCGUCUGCAACUACAACUUCUUCUUCGACACGAUAUCCGGCCGCUGCGAGCCCUGUACAGUGUGCCCUGUAGGACAGGGCGUGUUUGCUCACUGUGAACACAAUCAUGACACGGUGUGCGAGGAGUGCGUGGACGAUACCUUCUCUGACCGGGAAAGCUCCCUCGAACCCUGCCUGCCCUGCGCCAUCUGUGAUGACGAAACUGAGAUACAGCUGGCCUUGUGCUCGCCAACCCGUGACUCUAUCUGCCACAAUCCUAACCUACCUACAGAUAUAUCUCCCACCUCGGACAUGGCUUCAUCUCCACCCCCCUUCACCAAUUAUUUCCCCCCGGAUGGCUCCGACAGCCCUUUGCCAGGUGGAGAGACGACAACAUCGAGCGCUGGCUCUCCUCGCUUCCUUGGCCACGGCCUCAAUGAAAACCUCAUCCCUAUCUACUGCUCCAUCCUGGCUGCUGUGGUGGUGGGCCUCGUGGCUUAUAUUGUUUUUAAGAGGUGGAACAGCUGCAAGCAGAACAAGCAGGCAGCUAACAACCGCGCGGCUACAAACAACCAGAUGGUGACGCCGGAAGGAGAGAAGCUGCACAGCGACAGCGGCAUCUCGGUGGACAGUCAGAGUCUGCAGGAGCAGCAGCAGCAGCAGCAGCAGCAGCAGCAGCAGCAGCAGCAGCAGCAGCAGCAGCAAGCCCAUGCUGAAGUCCAGACUCAGCCCUCACACUCACACACACAGGAACAAAUAGUGGUGCGGGUGGAUGGUGACCCCCAGUCUGACUCACCUCCCCCUGAAGUCUGAGGAAGAAAAGGAGGAAGAAGAGGAGGCGUCAGAGCUGAAGACAGGGAGAGGAGAGCAGGGGACCCGAACCGUGGACCAAAAAGAAAGCA